UCCGCUGUCGGGCCGCGUUCACCUCGGCGCUGGGGGGCCUGAGGUCAGGGUGAACGGAGCAGGGGCGGGUGGCGAGGAGGCUGAGCGUGGGGUGGCCUCGGCGUCUGACCUGCUCUCGACGUGACCCCACGCACAGAAACCGUUCUGAUUCAGGCGCGCGGAAUCCGCGGGAGGCCCCCAGCGCUUGCUCAGCCAGGGCCGGGAUUCCGGAGAGGCCCUGAGGCCGGAUGGGAUGCAUUCUACGGCUUUUCUGAUGGAUCUCUUUUGGAUGUUUCAUUAAGUGAAAGUCCUGUUGGUUGUGAAGACAUUGGGUUUUACUUGAGCUCUAUGCUCCUGAAAAACAGCAGAGGUUAAGAAAUCUCCAGGAAAAGGCUCACUGCAAAGAAGCUCCUUUCGCACACGUCCUACCUAGGAAACACUGCUGCAGAAAGAGUGAGUCUUCCUCUUUGGAUUUCCAGAAUCCCUUCAUGUCUUGCUGACCAGUUUCCUGUAGGACUGCUCCUGCUGGGGGUGUUUGCUUGGACAAAGGAGGCCAUUCCUCUUAGAAACAAGACUAUUCAUGUGAGAUAAGCUGACAGAGACUUCAAGAAUGAGAAUACAUUCUUAGUUUCCAGACCUUUGACCAAAGGCCUCUCUCCAGAGUCAGAAUAGAGAGAAGUCAAAAACAGCAGGUUUCCUGAGAGCAGCAGAAAAUGAUUGAGUCACAGUCCUGGAUCGGUUGGUCCAUCUGUUGUAUACGGUCUGAUGCAUCGCGUAAUUUUACCUUUUCCAGAAUGUCAUAUAUCAUUUGAGGACGUGACUGUGGACUUCACGUUGGAGGAGUGGCAGCUGCUUACCCCAACUCAGAGGAGCCUGUACAGAGAUGUGAUGCUGGAGAACUACAGCAGCCUGGUCUUCCUGGGUUACCAAGUCAUUAAACCUGAUGCCAUUUUCAAGCUGAACCAAGAGGAGCCCUGGACAGUAUAUGAAGAAAUCUUAUACCCAAACUUUUCAGAAGUCUGGCUAGACAGUGAUUCUAAAAUAUGGCAUCAAGAUAAUCAAGACAAGCUUGAAAGUAUGGAGAAAGACCAUGGAUAUGAUGUUUUGGGGAAAGUAUUUAAUUCAGGCAUGAACUUUGUUCACUUAGGAAUGAGACUCCAUAACAGUGGCAGAGGUGAAAAAAGUUUGAAACAUCCUUUUGACUUUCUUAUUCCAAAAACUAACUAUGGCAGAAAUAAAUUUGAUGAACUCAGCGAGGAAUUACUGUUCUGUGUAAAACCUGACAGAGCCUUUGGAGAGGUAAAAUACUGUGAUUACAGUAAACACAGAAGAACUAGCAGCAAGGAGGCAAGGCUCCUUACGGCUUGUAGGACACAAAUGGGGGUCUGUUUGUGCUUUGAAUGUGGCAGAAUUUUCAACAGGAAGUCACAGCUGACCGUUCACCAGAGAACUCACACAGGAGAGAAGCCCUAUCUGUGCAGUGAGUGUGGGAAGGCCUUCUCACAGAAGUCCCUGCUCACUGUGCACCAGCGGACACACUCAGGGGAAAGGCCAUACGGGUGUGGCGAGUGUCAGAAGGCUUUCAGCAGGAAGUCCCUGCUUGUGCUGCAUCAGAGAACUCACACUGGAGAGAAGCCCUACGGGUGCAGCGAGUGUACAAAGGCCUUCAGCAGGAAGUCCCAGCUCAAAAGGCAUCAGAUGGUUCAUGCGGUCGAAAAGCCCUAUGGUUGCAGUGACUGUGGGAAGGCUUUUUCCCAGAAAGUGAAACUCAUCACACACCAGAGGAUGCACACAGGAGAAAAGCCCCACGAAUGCAACGACUGUGGGAGAGCCUUCUGUUGGAGGUCACAGCUCCUUACUCAUCAGAGGGCUCAUACUGGUAAGAAGCCUUACGUGUGUAGUGAGUGUAAGAGAGCCUUCAGCAGGAACUCACUCCUCAUUCGGCAUCAGAGAAUUCACACAGGAGAGAAGCCCUACGCAUGCAGGGAAUGUGGUGAAGCCUUCAUCAGAAAGCCACAGCUGAUUAAGCACCAGAUAACCCACACUGGAGAGAAGAGCCAUCAGUGCCACAAUUGUGGAGAGGCCUUCUUCAAGAAGUCAGAGCUGGUUCGGCAUCAGAAAGUCCACUCUGGAGAGAAGCCCUACAGAUGUGUGGAAUGUGGGAAGACCUUCUUUGGAAAGUCACAGCUCCUAACCCACCAGAGAACACACACUGGGGAGAAACCAUACAGCUGCAGAGAGUGUGGGAAGGCCUUCACCCAGAAGUCAAGCCUGAUAUCUCAUCAGAGAACACACACCGGCGAGAAGCCCUACAAGUGCAAUGAGUGCGGGAAAACCUUCAGUGAGAAGUCCAGUCUCAUUCAUCAUCAGAGAACCCAUACUGGAGAAAAACCAUUUGAAUGCAGUGAGUGCAGGAAAGCAUUUGCCUGGAAGCCACAGCUGCUCAGGCACCAGAGAAUCCACACAGGGGAAAAGCCCUAUGAAUGCAGUGAAUGUGGGAAAGCCUUUGUUCAGAAAGUGCAGCUCAUUAAGCAUCAGAGAAACCACACGGGAGAGAAAACCCACGGGUGCAGUGAUUGUGCAAAAGCUUUCUUCGAGAAAGCACAGCUUAUCAUCCAUCAGAGAAUUCAUACAGGAGAGAGGCCCUAUGAGUGUGGCGAAUGUGGGAAAUCGUUCACCAGAAAGUCCCAUCUCAUGAGGCACCAGAGGAACCACACAGCAGGCAAAGGCUAUGCACGCAGUGAGUGUGGAGGCAUCUUCAGCAGCAGGUUGCAACUCACGACCCACCAGAGAGACCACACAGCCCCGACACCGCAUGAGUGCUUCGAGGGCCGGCCCCUGCCUGCCAUCAGAUGUCCCCACUGAGGACACAUAGAAGAGACCCCUUUUGAGAUAGCAGCUGCUGAAAACACACUGGCAGGGAGUUGAGUCAUGAGAGCUUUCUAGAAGAGUGUUUGAAAAACUGAUGGUGUGGAAAAACCUUCUCCCAGAGGACCCUGUGGGGCACACUGCAAGGAUGAGCCAAGCUGGAAGUGGGUUGGCAGCAGCCUCUGUCGGAGGUAUUGAGGAUUCACAUUUAGAGACUUCAACAGGGAAAACUAUGGAAGCAAACCCACAGGAGGCAGAGGUGUCAUCAGAAAGGACACUCACAGGAAGGAGGUGCUGGAGGUUGCGUCUUGGAGAUCCCACAUGAGGAAUUCUGGUGUCUGAGAGGCACAACCCUACUGAAGUAAUUCUGCCAGGAAGCUGUGUUCAUUGUCUAGGAAUUAUCACAAAAAGCUAUCAGUUUUAAACAGGUGUGUCUGCUGAAGUGUGAAGACUUCUGCUUUCUUUUCAGUGUGUGGUUCAGUAACUAGUAUCAGAUUAAUGCUCCUGACUUAAACAGCUAUUUGUACAGAAGCCUUUUCUUUUUUUAAUUUAUGUUUUUAAUUGAUACAUAGUAAUCGUAUGUAUUUGUGGGUUACAGUAUGGCUUUACAAUACAUGAAUACAAUGUGUAAUGAUCUGAUCGGGCAUAUCUGUAAUUAGCAUCUGUUACCUCAGACUUUAUAUUUCUUGUGCUGGGAACAUUCAGUAUCCUAUUUAUUAUUUUGAAAUAUUCAAAUUGCUAAUUGUUGCCAGGUGCAAUGGUGCACACCUGUUACCCAUAAACACAGAAGGCCGAGGCAAGAUGAUCACAAGCUUGAGGCCAGCUUGGAUCUCACAAUUAAAAAUGGAAAAGGGAGGGUGUGGCUCAGUGGUAGAGUGCCCCUGGUUUCCAUCCACAAUUCUGCAGAGAUGGCUAAUCAUCGUCACCAUAGUCAACCUCCUGUGCUCCAGAACAUCAGCAGUUAGUCCUCCUGUCCAGUUACACACCUGGGCCCAUUAGCCACCCUCUCUCUGCUUCCCCACCUCCACUCUUUCGGGCUCUGGUAACCUAUUCUGGUCUCUGCUCCCUUGACAUUAAACUUGGCUUCUGCGUGUGGUGUUGUCUCUCAGCGCCUGACUUUUUCACUUAACAUAAUGAUCUGCAGUUCUAAUCCUGUUGCUGCAAACAACAGCAGUGCUUUCAUUCUCUUAUGCCUGAAUAAUAUCCUGUUGUGCACACAUACCACAUUUUCUUUCAGUGACGGACACCUACAUUGAUUCCACAUCUUAGCCAGUGAUGAUUUUGGACAUGUGACAAGUGCGCCUGUGGUCUCUGGCAUAACUAGACAGAUGGAGAGCAGCCUGUGAUUGCCCAACCUGCUGCCAAUGGCCAUUUCCAGGUUGCUGCACAGGGAAGGGGCCAAGUACAGCCUUGCUGACAUGAAGGGAAGGAUUCCCACGGGGGCACAGUAGCUAGAGUUUGCAGGUGAAUAGUGGGAGGGGUGCUUUGCAGAGAGGGGCUCUUAAUAUCUGAAGGGAUCCCUGACUCCUGUGGCUUACUCAGGAUUUGCACAUCUGUGGGAAAUCUGGGAACAGCUGGAGCCGUGCAAGGCAGGGGCAGUUCAGGAUUCCAGUGGCUAGAGAGAAAUGGCUGGUGACACUCGGGCAGCAGGGGGGCUCACAGAAGAACCUUGUUUAGUAGAGGACUGACUAGCCCUAUCUUACAAGCUACCCUGGACCCAUAAAAUCUGCCACACAAGGAAACAAGAAAAUGUGACUCAUAACCAAAAGAAACCUCAAUAGAAACAUGCCCAGAAAAGAUAAAGGUGAUGGAAUCAUUGGACAAGGAUACUUAAAAUAGUUACAAAUGAAACAUAAUUACCUAUCAUAGUUAUAUAUAAAACACACCUGGGUGUGGUCGAGCACACCUGUAGUUCCAGCUGUUUGGGAGACUGAGACAGGAGGACAGCAAAUCUGAGACAUCCUAGCAACCUAGAAUGACACUUUCUGAUAGUAAAUUUAGUGAAGGGCUGGGUUGUAUCUCAGUGGUAGAGAGUUUGCCUAAUGUGUGAGGCCCUGGAUUCCCUCCCUAGCACUGCAAAAAGACAACAAUUUCAAAGGGAAAUCAUUCACAGGAACAAAGCAGAGCAGGGUGUGUGGUCAGGGCUGUACAAGCUGGAAAACAAGGAAACAGAAAUUUAAAUUACUGAAAGGGAACCCAGCAGCAAACUCUGCAACCUAGAAUUCUGGUUCUAUCAAAAACAUCUAUGAAAUAUGGAGACAACACGAAGCCGCCUCAGUCAGAAGACUGUACCACAGGUUGACCAUCCAUAGGAGACACUGAGGGAAGCUCUGGGCAGCAGGGAACGGUACAGAGUGGAAAUGUGGAUCUGUGCAGGGAUCAUGAUUCCUGGGAAUGGUGAAGAGUGGGCAGAUGAAGCACUUCAGAAUACUCGGAGAGGAGAGUUGACAGCCUGCAUAGUGACAGCGACUCAGCGUGUGAGAUGGUGAGAAGUGACGUGUUUUGUGACAUAGCACUUGGGUGACCCUUAAGGACAGUUGAACACAGCUGGGCACAGCAGCUACACCUGUGCUCCUGGCUAUGCGGGAGGCUGAGGCAGGGGAGCAGAAACUCAAAGAAGAGAAAGGGCUCAGUCCCCAUUGCUGCUGGGAAGAGUAGCUGAGUGGCCCACAUCAGCCGAGCCGGGAGCUGCUCCUGGGCUCUGGUGGGUCCUGUUCAGCAGCCACACUCAGGAGUCCUAGGUAUUGUACAUCGUUCAUGCGCUGAUUGCUUUCUGCCUCUCCAGGUCCAUUUUCCCCUCUCAUUUGCACCCCAGAGUUUGUCUUCUAGGGAUGACUCUGCUGGUUUUUCUUCUCAGGUUUGAACAAUGUGAGGUCCUGGCAGCCGGUCAGGGUGGAGGGCUGAGGCCACAGGUGCCCCUCCUGCUCCCUGCUUGGCUUCGUGGUUCAUGGCCUUUGUGGCUGUGGUCCCUCUUCGGCUGAAGAUUUCCCCACCUCUCCUCCUUGCCCUCAGACUUAGGGUGAAUACUGCCCUGGGUGCCCAUGACUGGUUCGGUUUGAGUUUGGACACGUCUGUGGAUCGUCCCUUUAUCAGACAUCCUCGGGUUGGUAUUGAGCGUGUGUGUGUGGUACUGGGGCACUCUACCUAGGGAGCUCUACCACUGACCUACAUCACCAGUACUUUUUGGCUGGCCUUGUGAUCCUCCUGCCUCAGCCUCUAAGGUAGCAGGAUGACAGGCCUGUGCCACUAUGCCCAGCCUUGAGUUGGUUUUUCUGCAUUGUGUUAAAUAAUGAGCACUAAGAUUGUGAGAGCAUUAGCUCUGCUACCUGUGCCUCAAGGACACAGACUGACAUCUGUCAAGAUUUCAUACUCCAGAUUAUCAGUAUUUUCUAUUUGUAUUUUAACAGUGCAGUAGAAAUUAUAACAAAUAUGAAAAAAAAAAUUUUUUUGCGUACGUUUAUGGCUCUGGAGACUGUUACCAUCUGUUACCAAUAUAAACAGGCUUGCAGUUAUUACUGAACCCCUCUUUGGUAACAGAAAACAAAACAUUUAUAAAGUCUUACACUACCUCUGGGCUAGCCACACCUACAGGAAGUCCUGCUACUUGGCUGCAUGAGCCUGGACUAGGACCAAGAUCCGCUGUCACCCAGGUUCUGGAAGUCACCCAGUAUGGCUAGAAGGUCCUGUCUGCUUUCUGCUGUUCCUUAUGUGCAGCUCAUGUGGUCUCUGCCAGUCCUCAGUUACCAUCUUCCCCUCUCACAUGCUGCCAGAAAGAAUCUCAUCUUCUUUGAGAGUGAACCGGGGUUGCUUCACUCACGGUCCCUGGAGCUUACUGCUGGGCUAACGUAGACUGCCAGUGAGUACCUCCCUGCGUGGCAUCCCUUCCCUCGACUCCAUGUCCUCUCCAGCCCUCUGAGGCACCUGAGGUCCCUACCCCCUGGACUCCCACGUCUGUGCUUCUGAAGCAGACUGACAUAGGCCUCUUGUUGGACAGCACCAGGAAGUGCAGGCAGUCUAUGUUCAUGAACUUGUGUGUCACUCUGUUUCUGAGGGAUUAAAUAAACGUUUUUUGAGUUUUGGGCAUGUGUAGGACACAGCAUUGAGUUAUCUGUAAUUGAGCUUUGUAGUCCAUGUUACAAUCUGUGUAGGGUGGUUUUUAUCAGGAUUCUCCCAUGGCUGCCUUCCUUUACAGCGAAGUGGAGUCCCCCUCCCAUUAUCUUAACCAGUUCUAUCUCUUGAAGUGUGUCAAGACUUCAA